AUGGAGGUGGCGUAUUCCAGAAUAAUAAUAUAUUCAUGUUUAAUUUUCGGAACUGGCAUUUUCUGUGACAGACAACCAGCAGUAUCAUCUUGUUCAGUAAACAAUGAUGAUAACUUUGUUUGUACAAAUGGACCAUGUAUCAAAUGGUCUUUGGUUUGUGAUGGCCAUAAGGAUUGUUCAGAUGGUUCAGACGAGACCAAAGAAUUGUGUGCUCAAUACGAGUAUGGAGCAAAUAUGAACUUGGAAUGCGGUAAGGAAGCUGAAAAUAAAAGGGUAGAAGAAACACCUUGGCUAGUUUAUAUACAUCGAGUUGAUAAAAUGGAACCAAAAACAAUCAUUUUAGGGUUAGGAUCAAUUAUUGCUCCAAAUGUAGUCGUUGCUAUGGCUGAAACUUUUUGGAGAUAUGAUUUAAAAUAUAAGCAAAAUUCAAUAAACGAUGAUGGUCGAUAUUUGUAUAAAAUUGAAAGUCUAACAAACUAUUAUAUAGUUAAAAAUCAAAAUAAUUUUUUAACUGCGAAAAUGAUUUAUUUUGCUGAAGAUUAUAAUAUAAGUAUUGAAUCUAAUGCUGACGAUUUAGCAGUUAUUGUGUUAGCAGACAAAAUUUCGUUUCGUAAUGGUGUUUUACCUAUUUGUGUCGACUGGUAUAGUAAAUAUAGUCUACAGAAUCCUCCACUAGUUCAGAUUGAUAAAUUUCAAAGGUCGUCAAAUGGAAUCUUUUCUACUCAAAAAAUAUUUAUUCCUGGAAGUAAUUUACACACCGACAACAGUUCUUGUCUACAGUUGUAUGAUAAGUACAAUUUUGCAGAUUCAGUGACUUAUGAUAAUUUUUGUAUCCGGAUAAUUACGGAAAAUAUAGGAGAUGAGGGAUAUAAAUACCAAACCAUAAGCAUUUUAUUCUCUAAUUAUUAUUUUUUAACCGGUCUAAAGAGUUCCUGGAGUACAUUAAAUAACCAAACAGCCUUAGGUUUUAUAGACAUAAAAUACUAUAUUCCAUGGAUUCGUGGAAUUUUGAACAAACAUACACUUAAAAACGUCUCUGUAAAGGGUACAGUGAAUUCCAGCGUUCUACCAACUAUCAAAAUGUGUCCAUCUCUAUUAUCAUAUAAUUUAGAUAUUAUAUGCACUCUUAAUGGUGAGUAUGCUGAUUGCACAAAUCCAUCGAUACCUGACACAAUAGCAACAGCAUCGUGUAAGCCAACAUAUAGUGCACCAAAUGGACAACAAGAUACCCCACUAAAGUUACUUUGCCAGUCUAAUGGAAUGUGGAAUAAGCAAUUACAAACAUGCAAACUAUCUCUAAUUCAAGCGAAUUUAUGCGUUUUACCAACUGUCGAAGGAGUUGUAUAUACUUAUGAAGAUUCAAAUGAAAUUUUAUCUCACGGGACAUUAAUUAAUCAUACCCUGACUGUAAAUGAGAACUGUGAAGUUGGAUAUCAUAAAGCUUAUCCCAAUAGUUUUAGAGUUUGUCAGAGAAAUGGAAAAUGGAAAACUGUUUCUGAGAAUUUAUGUUUAAAAAUGUGUCCACCUCUAUUAUCAGAUAGUUUAGAUAUUAAAUGCACUCUUAAUGGUAAGCAUGCUAAUUGCUCAAAUCCAUCGAUACCUGACACAAUAGCAUCACCAUCGUGUAAGCUCACAUAUUCUCUACAAAAUGGACAAGAAGAAACACCACUCGACAUACAUUGUCAGUCCAACGGAUUAUGGAAUAAUAAACUAUAUAGAUGCGUACCAUAUUGCGGUAGAGUUUAUAUCAAGAGCCAAGUAUUGAUAAACAAUGGUGAAAAAGCAACUGUUGGAACGGCGCCUUGGAAUGUAGGAAUAUAUCGAUUAAAUAAAAAAAAUUUCAAUUAUGAUUUGAUAUGUGGAGGAUCAAUUAUUUCUCCAAAUUUAGUCGUUUCUGCUGCUCAUUGUUUUUGGGAAAGAGGUAUGAUAUCGAAUACAAUAGCAGUAAAUGAUGAUCGGUACAAAAUUGCUGUUGGAAAAUAUGCUAGGAAUUUUACAGUAAUUGACAAUAAAUUUACUGAAAUAAUAAAUGCGGAAAUUGUCUACCUGAAGGCAGGUUACAAUGGGCAUAUUGGGUCUUAUGCUGAAGAUAUAUCUAUUGUGGUGUUAAAAAACAGAAUUUCUUUUAGUACUGUUGUAGCACCGGUUUGUAUCGAUUGGAAAAGUAAAUACAACUUAUCCAAUGGAGAUCAAGGAAAGAUUGUUGGUUGGGGAACAACGGAAAAAGGCAUUGAUAGUCCUAUUUUAUUAGAAGCAUCUUUACCAUACUUUAACAAUAGUUUUUGCCGGAAUAUAUUUAAAAACGGAUUUGAAUCAUUUGUGACUGUUGAUAAGUUUUGUGCUGGUUCUUCAUCGGUUUUAGGACAAAGAGUGGAUAAGGGAGAUAGUGGUGCAGGUUUAUGCUUUUUACACUCUAAUUUAUAUCAUUUAACCGGAGUAGUGAGUUCCAAGGAUCCAGAAACAACAAAUUCAAUCGCAAUUUUUACAGAUGUUAAGUACCACAUUCAAUGGAUUCAUAGCAUGUAUAUCAAACAUAACUAA